GGUGCGCUGCUGCUUGAAAUUCUUUCUGCCGUAAAGGAUUGUGGGUACAGGUAUAUCUUCUCUCCUCGCGUGAAGAUUGCUCAGGAGUAACCGAGAGCUAAAGUUCGCGCCGUGGCACCUUUCCGAAGCCUUUUGUACAAUUCCGACGACUUUAAGUUCAUUUCGAUCGGACAGGAAAGGAAAGUUCCGGAGGAAAACGAGAACCGGCACCGAAUCUGCCUCAUUCUUGAACCGAACGUCCCUCACGACUUUAGCGGACGUAAACAUCAUUCGUGCAAUCUUCGUUGUCCGCUCGACCUAGCUUAGCUUAGCUUAGCUUAGCUUAGCUUAGUUUAGUUUAGUUUAGUUUACUUUAGCUUAGCUUAGCUUAGCUUAGUUUAGUUUACUUUAGCUUAGCUUAGCUUGCAAGCAAAGAGACGCGUUUGCGAUCGACCCCUUCGCUCAGCGGAGAUCACGUGUGAACAUACAAGUGUCGCGUGGAAAUGUUUGCGAGGAGGACAGCAGAGUUCGAGGAGGAAGUUUGCGGAGCAACAGACGAGGAGGAGCCGCAGCGUCAGCGACCGGACGCGGUGUUCAAUCUGCACCCUCGAGUUGUGCCACACAGAGCAGACGUCCGUGAAAAUCUUCAUCCAGAGCGGCAGCGGUCGGUGUCCCCUCACGAGAAAGAAGAGGAGGACAACGGAGAGGUUCGACCCAUCAAAGAGGAAGAGGAAGCGUUCCGACCCAUUAAAGAGGAAGAGCGGGAGCAAAUCAUCAAGGUUCCAUUGACUGGUGUCCCUUUGAAGAGUGAAGAUGGAGGCCAAAGUGAGGAGGGACGAGGGGCGGAGCCUCCAAGCAGCAGCUCGAGUCAACACAUGGCAACGGAAGGUGACGGAGGAUCACCAGCAGACGGCCUCUUGGCGCCAUUAUCGGACAGCGACGACAUGUUGUCGCUCUCGCCUCACACUGACGACGACGACGACGACGUUGAUGAACAGUCGGGAUGCGGGAUAAGAUGUCACGCUGCCAACAAACGCUGGAAAUGUUCGCAAUGUAGGAAAACCUUUGCUUCGAAGAGCAAUUUCAAACAACACAUAAAAAUACACACGGGGGAGAAAGAUUUCGUCUGCUCGGUUUGUGGUCAAAGAUUCUCUGUGAAGGGAAGCUUAAAAAAACAUACAAGAACCCACACCGGCGAGAAACCUUUCGCCUGCUCCGUUUGCGAUCAAAGAUUCUCCGUAAAGGAAAACUUAAAAAAACAUACAAGAACCCACACCGGCGAGAAACCUUUUGCGUGCUCCGUUUGCGGUCAAAGAUUCUCCGAUAAGAGCAACUUAACGAUACACACACGAACACACACUGGAGAGAAACCUUUCUCCUGCUCAUUUUGCGGUCAAAGAUUCACUCAGAAGGCACACUUAAAAAUCCACACACGAACUCACACUGGGGAGAAACCGUUUUCCUGCUCGGUUUGUGGUAAAAAAUUCUCUCGGAAGGGACAUUUGACAACACAUUCAAUGACGCACACUGGAGAAAAACCUUUUUCCUGCUCACUUUGUGAUCAAAGAUUCACUCAGAAGGGAACCUUAAAAAUCCACACAAGGACCCACACUGGCGAGAAACCUUUUUCCUGCUCAGCUUGUGGUCUAAAAUUCUCUGACAAGGGAACCUUGACAAUCCACGCAAGAACACACACUGGAGAGAAACCCUUUCCCUGCCCAGUUUGUGGAAAAAGGUUCUCUCUUAAGUAUCUGGCAAAGAAUCACAAGUGUGUUGGGGAGAAUAGCAGCGAUCGGUGAAAGUUUCGCCAUCAUCCGAGCAGGCCGCAUCAGUUCAUGCGACGAAGAUGGAGUCCACGCGCCUUCUUAAAGAUGCCCCGCGGACAAAGUGUUGAGAAAAAGCACUCAUGCACUUGCUGUGUCAUGUUUUUGUGACGUGCGUCUAAAAUCAACAAACAAUGAAUUGGAACAGACCGGAUCCGCCACCCCAUGCCAGCCAGCCAACGGUAGAGGAAACGGCAGAGGUCCCGCGCAACGACCAAUGGCUUUCAGCCGCUUGCGUCGCGGGUGAGGGAGAGGCGGGUGGAGAAAAAUCGCCCAGCUGUGGAAUAUGUCCGUUAUUGUCUUGUCUGUAUUUUUCAGUUCUAUGAACUAUUUUAGUACAGUACGCAGCAAUUGCAGCCAAUUGACGGGAAAGUGUUAAAUCCCGACCGGUGUAUUUCCUUUUCCUGCCGAGGUGUUACUGUUAACACAAAGUGUUUCAUAAAGUUUACACUGUCUACAUCGUGGUUGUCGGACUGUGUUCUCAGUCUCUGACUCCGGACCGGACCGGUCAAAGGUGGCGGAAGCUUGACAACUAACCUGCCCGGUGGGUUCGAUGACUUGCGGUCAGGGUAGGCAAGUGAGGCAGAGCCGCGCUGCCCCCUGGUGGUCUUUCCUUUUCCACUGCAUGCGAUGACUAAAACAAAACAAAACCUAUGAUAAAAUUAAAUUGUUCCGUUUUAGUUCUAUGAUCGGUGUUCCUACGCCCCAUGAGCCUUUGGGUGAAUUACGGGAGCUACUUCCGGUUUGAACCGCCUAGCGGUAAUGUUUACAUUGUAACUGGCCACGGCAAUCCACUUUCUCUGAGUCUUUUAGACCUAAACCCGACUGUCAAGCUCCUGAAGUUUGCAGAUGACAC